GGUGAAUUAAGUAUUUUAUGAUUUAGAAAUCUUUUGAUGGCAGUAGUUUCAGGCGCGUGGUGCAAACGUCAGUGCAAACAUGAGUGGUGCAUCACGUAAAGUAAAAAAUCCGUUGUUGACAGCAGCUGGUGAAGGUUUCCCUUUCGACAAUUUUGCCGAAACUGCAUUAUUGGUGCCUGUCACUCCUGCUACACCUGCGGUACUCCGCGAUGAUGCUGAAUUGGACAGCUUCGUAGGGCAGGAACCAAUCAAUCAAAAGACUUCAACCGAUGCAGAGAACGAAUUCACACCUAUUCCUUUGAAUUCCGACGAGAACAAGAAUUCAGUAAAUCAGCCAGCAAAACAAGGAUACUUUACAUCUAUCCUGUCUUCUUUGCCAAAUUUGACUCUGUCGUCAAUAACGGGUGAUUCCCCAGGAUCUCAGACGAAUAGACAGCAAGAACACCAGAGUAGUAAUCCUUAUGUGCCUUCGCACGAACCUCGUGAUUCUCUAAGAGACACGUCACCGCCAAUAAUUGCAAAUUUUCACGAUCCUCGACGUACGAAUUUCGUGGGGUCCGCUGAAGGCAGUACCGGAAGUGUGUCAGCUCCUCCGCAACCGACCUUGCCGCCCACGCUUCCUUCGUCGACUAACGGACCUAUUUCGUAUCGAUUGGGCAAUCAACGACGUCUGAAAUAUGCGCCACCACCUGAUUUAACUUCGAAUACUUCCAAGCAGUAUUCAACUCCAGUGGUACAGUCAGCAUUCGUUCCUCAGAGUGUCGCGGUUCCGACUAUAUUUAAUCCUAACCAAAUCGGUUCUCCGUCUCAAACUUACGAGUCUGUUCCAACGACUCAAAAUUACCAAUCUGUGCCGUUGACUCAAACUUACCAGUCGGUUCCAGCGACUCAAAAUCAUCAACCGGUUCCAUCGACUCAAAGUUUCCAGUCAACUAUAUCUACUCAAAGUUAUAAAUCAGUUUCACCCAUCCAAAGUAAUCAAUCGAUCCCUUCGACUGAAAUUCAGCAGCCGGUACCAUCGAUUCAAGAUUACCAAUCUGUCCCGUUAAUUCAAAGUACUCAACCAGUUUUAUCGACUCAGAGUCACCAAUCCGUGCCAUUGAUUCAAAAUUACAAACCUGUGUCGUUGAGUCAAGGUAAUCAGCCAGUUCAGUUAACUCAAAAUAAUCAAUCCGUGCCGCUGACUCAAAGUUACCAGUCAAUUACAUCUACUGGAAGCUUUCAGCCAAUUUCGUCGACUCAAAAUUACCACUCGAAUGCUUCUACUCAAAGUAGUAAAUCGGUCUCGCCAACUUCAAGUAAACAGCCAACUCCAUCGCCACAAAGUUAUCAAUCUGUAUCAUUGACUCAAACUUAUCAAUCAGUUUCAUCUUCUCAAAGUAGUCAACCAAUUUCGUCGACUCAGAGUCACCAACCUGUGCCAUUGACUCAAAGUACUCAAUUCAUCAAACCAUCAGUUACUACAUAUUCGCCAUCGAUACAACAUUCAACUCCAGAACUAUCCGAGUCAAAUUCUCAGCAAGAAUCGUUCAGAGCUAGUCCACUGACAACAGGAUCGAUUGACCCUUCCCGUAGAAUAUCUCAAAAUCAAAAUCCAGCCUGCGACAGCGUUUCCCUAUCCGAGAAGCCACGUGUUUCUUUAUCAUCCUCUCAACCGAUCUUCUCAGAAUUUCCGGAACCCGCUACUCCUCAAAAUACACCAGCCAACGUUUCCUUCUUCGGUUUCGAUGGUUACACGAGUAAGCGAGAUUCCUCAAGGACGCCCAACUUGGAGAAAGAAGCAAAUAACAGCUCGACUCGGUCGGAUUCGAUUUUAAAACAGAACGUAACUCAAUCCACCGCAGAAAAGAAACCUACCGUAACGUUCGGCCCAGUUUCUGCGGUUCAAGUUUCGGAAAAGUUAGAACACUUGUUGGCCGAACAGAAGGAGGAUUUAUCGACGAAACCUGACAGAAGUGAAGCGGAAGAUCGAACUGUCGGAAGCCCUAGCGUUGUAAAGUCGGAUAACAUCAGGGAAAAUAGUGAUUCGCCAAAGGUAGACACGUUGAGUGACCCUAUAGCGAGUCAGGAAGCAUCGCGAUCUAACUUGAGUCAUCAAGAAUCAAGUGGUGCACACGAAAAGAUCGAUGCAUCGCAAAGUGAUGGUGUUUCAUCGCAACAGUACUUUCAGACACAGUCUUUCCCAUCGAGUGCUGAUUUCUUCGCAGACCAGAGAUCAAAUUUGAACACGUUUUCUGAGGCUUUAAAUACGUUCACACCGCCUGCCAGCACGUUCUUCAACACGAAUGUUGAUUUAUCGACAAGUUCUUUGAGAAACGAUCUGCAGCAAGUGCCAUUGACUACCUCUUUCGUUAGUCAUCCACGAAAUCCAUGGGACAGUAAUCAAGGGUCUAUGGUGGAAACAUGUAGUUCGUCGACUUCAUCACCACAGCCACCUUUGUUUUAUAACCCUGCGCAAUUUCCCACCGAAUUGCAGAAACAUAUAUCCACGCAUCAGUUCUAUGGUUCACCGGUUGUGAAUCAAACUCAAGGUUAUUUUGAUAAUUUACCUGGAUUAGUGAAUACACAAGAAAUACCAGGGGGAAUCGGAAGUGCGUUCCUUCCUUCAGUUGUGAUGACAACGGUGCCUGAACCCACUGGUUCGGCUACUUUGAGUCCAGUUCAAAUGUCAAUUAACCCGCUGGCUGGGCGGACCGGUACCGACGGUGUGCCUACUAGUUUUCAGAAUUUGGCUGCUGGUCCGUCAGAUAAACGUAUGCAGUACAGAUCGGUGUACCACCAUUGGUUUUAUCGCAAGGAGGUGGAACACAAAGUGUUAUGGCUUCCUUUCUCCAUGCGAGAUAGCCUUCGCUUAGAAGAGGUUUAUAAUUCCACCGAAAUCACCCCUGAAACGACGGUCGCCACCGACGGGGGUCGUUACGAUGUUGACAUUUUACGACGUCAAAGAUCUCCUGUUUAUUGGAGCGGAAAAUCCACGGAAGUUAGACGAUGUUCAUGGUUCUACAAAGGACCAACAGAAUCGAGAUACGUUCCUUACGAUGAGAGCACUGCCCUGAAACUCGAGGAAGAGUAUAAACAAGCGUGUAUAACGAAUAAUUGGAACCGAAGGAUUGAUCUAAACAAUGGGGAAUACAUUAUCUUCCAUAGUGCCACGGUUCAGGUUCAUUAUUUGACACCUAGCUCUCAGGAAUUAGUUGCAUCCUGGGGCAAUAGCACGGGCUCAGAGGACAGUGCAUAUUUACAGGGUGCUGGUAGUAGACCCAGGGUGAUUAAAAGAGGUAUGGACGAGUUUCAUAUCGAAGACGGGGAACCUGAAAAAGUGGAUCAUCUUUUGUUCCUCGUUCACGGUAUCGGAAGCGUUUGUGACUUGAAAUUCCGAACCGUAGAAGAAGUUGUGGAUGAAUUUCGAAGCAUAUCUUUGCAGUUAGUUCAAUCCCAUUACCGAACUGCCAGUGAACAGAGGGUCGUGAAUCGGAUAGAAGUUUUACCGAUUUCUUGGCACACGACACUGCACUCUGAGGACACUGGAAUUGACAAAAAGCUACAAGCAAUUACAUUAGAGAGUAUACCAAAAUUACGGCACUUCACCAACGAUACAUUACUAGACAUACUUUUCUAUACUAGUCCCGUGUACUGUCAAACUAUCAUGCAGACUGUUGGCAUCGAGAUAAAUAGACUGUACACUCUUUUCCAAGAGAGAAAUCCAGAUUUCAAUGGUGGAAUUUAUCUUGGUGGUCAUUCGUUGGGUAGUUUGAUUUUAUUCGAUCUUUUGUGCCAUCAGACACCAUUGCCUAAAGAUAAAUCGAACGAAGAUAAUCGGGAAGCUAACGAGGAUCAAAAGAACGAGGAGACUGAUCCAUCUCAACCGUCGCCUAAUCGAAUUUUAAAACGGAGUCUUAGUAAAAAGAUAAAUUACGUGAUGGGUGUUGCCGGGACUGGACAGCCUUAUAUAAAUUAUCCGCAAUUAAAUUUUCACCCACGUGCCUUUUUCGCUCUCGGUAGCCCUGUCGGUAUGUUCGUGACGGUUCGAGGUAUCGAUAUGCUUGGGGAAGAUUUUAUAUUGCCAACGUGCCCAGCUUUUUUCAAUAUCUUUCAUCCGUUCGAUCCUGUUGCGUAUAGAGUAGAAGCUCUGAUCAAUCCGGAAGCUAACAAAUAUCGGCCAAUGUUAAUUCCUCAUCACAAAGGACGAAAGAGAAUGCAUUUGGAAUUGAAAGAAACAAUGGCUCGCGUUGGAGCGGAUCUAAAGCAAAAAGUGAUCGAUUCCGUGAAGAACACAUGGAAUUCGGUUUAUCAAUUAGCCCUGUUCCAUCGGCCCGAUAACACUUUGCUCGAACGGGAAAUUGACAAAGUUGUCGAAGAACAGUUGCAACAAACGCCACCGGUGACAGAUCAACAAAAUAACGACGACGGUGGUGCUGAGUUAAAAAUCGGUAAAUUGAACGGUGGUCGAAGAAUAGAUUACGUUCUUCAGGAAGCGCCGUUCGAAUAUAUCAACGAAUAUAUUUUUGCCUUGACAAGUCACGUGUGCUACUGGGAGUCCGAGGACACAAUGCUGAUGAUUUUGAAGGAAAUAUACGGUUCAGCUGGUAUCCAAACAGACGCACAACUUCCUCAACAGACACUGUCGAUAGAAAGGACGUCCCCUUCUAUGUCUGUAGUGUCGUCUACCUCUUCAACUACCAAGUGUGAAAUAAGGCCAUCGGUGUCUCCCACGGGGAUGGAUCCCACCGCGCCUAUAGCGGAAAAAACCGUCGGGCCACCGCCAAAGGCUGGUUUUGUACGAAAAUCAUGAUUAACAAAUGAUCGUCCCAAUUUGUAAUUUAUAAAUCAUGGUUACGGUGGGGGGACUUAACAGUUGUUGAUCAGGUUGAUGCUGGCCAUUGUACCUGACGUUUGAUGGACGAUGAAAAUCAAAAAAUUUGUUUCUGUACAAAGGUUGCGUUAGGAUAUUCUAUCGAAAAUUUCGCCACACUCGAUUGUUCCUUCGUACGGUGUUAAUAAUGAUCGCUUAGGGCUAUUUCAGAGUUUAGUCAACUAUGAAAAUUUUCGAGCACAUCGCUUAAGGCGUUCAAUUUGGGUUUUCAAAGAGGGUGUUCUAGGAUGAAACAUUGAAAGAGUGUAAACACACGUGAUAAAAGAGGGGUGUUUUUAGAUGAAAGUAAAGUUACGAAGAUUAAUCGUAUUGUUUAUUGUAAAUAUACAAUUUAUAAAUGAUUUAUAAAUGAGUCUAAAGUACAUAGGAUAUAUAAAUUUUUUCAAAGACGCCCUUGCAUUCUGAGAAGUUAGCUGUACGUUCUCAUGUGUGCAAGACUUUUAAUAAAAUAUGGUUAUUCUUGUA